AUGGGAACUUAUCAAGCAUUAGUGGAUGGAAAUAACGAUGGCACAGGACACUCGUUUGCCAGUCACAGAAGAGUAUUUAGCGACAACGGAAUGCAUUGGAUUGAUUUGGAGCUUCUUUUUGACGUGUGUCUUGCUGCUUCAUUGCUUAUUUGUGUCGUAGUAUGGUCAAUAUUGUAUCCGUACGCUGUCAAAACGGGACAUCCUGAAAAAAUCCUAAAUGGAGUGAGCUAUUGUCAACAUGGAAUUAAUGUACUAUUACUUCAGAUUGACUUUGCUGCUACUAAACACUUGGUGUCAAGCAAUGCUUUGCCGUUGAUUAUGGGCUGGCCUUCGGUGUAUGCAGUAUUUGCUUGGAUUGUACAUGGAACGGUGGUAAAAGGGUUUUGGCCGUACCCGUUCCUUGAUUUGGAAACUCCGUGGGCCCCAUUCUGGUAUGGAGGAUUACUAGCUGCACAUAUAAUGGCGUUGCUACUAGUCAUGCUGUUAUCGAAGGUAAAGCAGAUGGAGCCGCGAUCAGUGACAUUGGCGGAUCAAGUCGAAGCUUAA